GUCUGCGGUGAGGGCGAGGUGAUUGACGUAAUGCGCGCCUGACGGUGGUGCUCGAUCGCGUGCGUGCAGAAAGACAGCGGCGGCGGAGGCGGGGCGAGGAGGGUGACGUCGCUGAGCGCGGCGGGCGGGAGGGAGAUGGACUCGCCGCGGUUCCGGGCGAUCCUGCGGGCGACCAGCGGGCGGCGGAAGCCCCGACCGCCGGAGGUCAAGAGCUUCUCGCACGAGCUCAACCCGGGGAGCGGCGGGGCGGCGGGGCACCAGCCGCACCACCUCGCGGCGCGGAACAGGCCCCGCGGGGGCGACGAGUUCAUCGGCGUCAUCAAGACCAAGUUCAUCCGGCUCAAGGAGGAGGUGGACGCCGAGCUGGGCGUCUUCGCGGGGGACCUCGUCGGCGUGCUCAACAGGAGUACGCCCGACGACAACGACGGCGGCCACGAGGAGGAGGACCAGCAGCACAAGGAGUGGCGCGUUACGCUCGAGGACCUGCUCGUCGUCGCGCAGAAGUGCGCGGAGAUGAGCCCCGAGGAGUUCUGGGUCAAGUGCGAGGGCAUCGUGCAGGCGCUCGACGACCGCCGCCAGGAGCUCGGCACCGCGGGCGGCGUCCUCAAGCAGGCACACACGCGCAUCCUCUUCAUCCUCACCAGAUGCACGCGCCUCCUGCAGUUCCGGAAGGAGCUCAAUGGCUACGCCGACUACGACAAGCACCAGCACAUCCUCGGUCUGCACCAGCUUAGCGACCUGGGGCUCUACCCGUUACAGGCCGGCGACGGCGGCUCCACGGACCUAGGACGUAGAAGCACCUCCAGCCUCACCGAGCUCAAGGAGAGGCUCAUAAGGAGGAGGAUGCUGGAGCACAAGCACCUGACGCUCGACUUCGCCGGACGUCACUUCUUGGCAGAGCCCGUUGAGUCUCCGGGCAGUGGCAGCGGUGGCAAGAUAUCGUCUUGGAAGAAGCUGCCGUCGCCUGCCGAGAAGAACCGGCACAAGAACGCGGAGGACAAGGAGGACAAGGUCACGCCAACGAAGAAGGCGAUAACCAGGAACAAGAUCGACGUGGAUGAGAUUGUCGAGAGGAUCGACGCCGCUAGCAUUCACCCGGACGGCCUGGCUUCCCUUGGGGACUCGGCCGUCAAGGUCGAGAUUUCACCCGAGUACCCAGGGGCCCAGCAAAUAAUCGUCGAUGGGAAACCGAGGAUGAUAUGCAGGAUCUGCGAUUUUGAGAUCCCCAUGGCGUGUGCCGAAGGCCAUUUCAUAGUAUGCACGCUAGCUGAUCGCUGUGAUUCCAAGGGCUUGAGUACCGACAAGAGGCUGCAGAGGGUCGCCGAGGUCCUUGAGAGGGUCCUCUCUUGCUUUGAAGCAAAGACCCCGAAUGACCCAGAAAUUAAUCAUCCCGACAACGCAAGAGCUAGCACAUCGAGUUUAACUGAAGAAGAAUCUGAUGGAUCCAUGGAUCAUGACAAUGACUUGUCUCAUCUGCUCACAGUGCCAUCAUCGGAAUUGUUUUCACAAGGAGCACUGACAACGGCAUCAGGAAGCUUGUCACAGUCACCAUUAUUGACACCAAGAACUAGCCACGCAGAAUCACAGCUGACUAAAAACAAGGCGUUCGUCGAACUGGAGAAUUUUCAGCAGGUUGAAAGUUUACUGACUAUCGCUAGAGGCAUUGAGAGCAUAAAAAGUUCAGAGUACAACUCACUGGAGGACUUGAGCUCUUACCUUGAAGACCUGAAUGCUGUCAUUGACACGAGAAAAGUGGAUGCACUUGUUGUGGAGACGUUUGGAAGAAGGAUAGCAAAGUUACUACAGGAGAAAUUUAUGCAACUGUGUGGACAAAUAGAUGAUAUGAGCACUGAUUCAUUAGGUCCAAUAGAUGAAGAUGGUCCUUUGGAGAAUAGUGUAAACUCGAGAACAAGCCAGCUGAACGGAAAAUUUAAGGAUCGUACCUCAAUUGAGGACUUCGAAAUUAUAAAGCCAAUCAGCCGUGGUGCAUUUGGGCGUGUAUUUCUUGCAAAGAAAAGGGUAACAGGAGACCUCUUUGCCAUCAAGGUGCUGAAGAAAGCUGAUAUGAUCCGCAAGAAUGCAGUUGAAAGCAUCUUGGCGGAGCGGGACAUCUUAAUAUCAGUCCGUAACCCGUUUGUGGUUCGAUUUUUCUACUCCUUCACAUGUAGGGAAAACCUUUAUCUUGUUAUGGAGUACUUGAACGGAGGAGACCUCUAUUCCCUCUUGAGAGGCUUAGGUUGUUUGGAUGAAGAUAUGGCAAGGGCAUAUAUAGCAGAACUGGUUCUUGCAUUGGAGUAUCUGCAUUCUUUAAAUGUGAUUCACCGUGAUUUGAAGCCCGACAACUUAUUAAUCUCUCGUGAUGGCCAUUUAAAGUUGACUGAUUUUGGACUAUCAAAGGUUGGUCUUAUAAACAGCACAGAUGAUUUAUCUGGUCCAGAUGUCAGCAGUGCUCUAGCUGGUGAUCAUCAACCAACAGAUGCAGAACAACGUGCACACAAGCGAGUGCAGAGACAAAAGCAGACAGCUGUGGGAACUCCCGACUAUUUGGCCCCUGAGAUACUGCUAGGGAUGACCCAUGGUCCAACUGCAGAUUGGUGGUCAGUUGGUGUCAUUCUCUUUGAGAUUCUUGUAGGAAUUCCUCCAUUCAAUGCUGAGCAUCCGCAGAUAAUAUUUGACAAUAUAAUGAACCGGGAAAUACCUUGGCCGCAAGUACCAGAAGAACUGAGCUUCGAAGCAUACGAUUUGAUCAACAAGUUGCUAAUUGAGAACCCGGUACAAAGAUUAGGUGCAACGGGUGCUGGAGAGGUAAAGGCCCAUCCGUUCUUUAAAGGCAUCAACUGGGAUAUGAUUUCUAGACAACAGGCUGUGUUUAUUCCUUGUACGGACGAUGAUUAUGAUACGAGUUAUUUCGCCUGCCGUCAUGCGUGGGGUGCUGCUGAUGAGCAAGUCCAUGCAGCCCCCAACGAGUAUGAUGACAGAAGUGAGACUAGUAGCAUGAGUUGUGGCAGCAGUCCACGCAGUUGUGAUUAUGAAGAAGAUGGCGAUGAAUGCGGUAGCAUGGAAGAAUUUGGACCUCCACUAUCGGUGAAAUAUUCUUUCAGCAACUUCUCAUUCAAGAAUAUUUCCCAGCUAGCAUCGAUGAACUACGAUCUAAUAACGAAGCAUAAUGAGGAUCCUUUGCAGUCUUCGAAAUCUUGAUAGUCACCAUGACAGAUCAGUUACUUCAA